GGAAAGCAUUUAUAGAUUAGAUAGUAAUAAAACUGCUUAAAUAAACUGUUAUCGGUUCUAUUUCUAUAUUUAUUGGAAAUUGUUAUAUCUUACUUCAAUAUACAUGCCACCUGCUGAAAUGAAGUUUUUUAUUUUGACGUUGUGGAUUUCAUCCUUAAUUAGUAUACAUUGUCAAAUUAUAACGCUGAAUGGUGCAUGGAGAGGGACUAUUAAUAUCUGUGAUAAGAAGCCUUCUGAAGACUGCAAUAAUGAUAUGAAUUUCAAUGCGACUGUUCCUGGAGGAAUUUAUACAGACUUAUAUAAAAAUAACAUAAUAGAAGACAACUUGCUUGGAAGAAAUGAUAUCAAUAAUCGUUGGGUCGGAAAUCAAUCUGUCAUUUACGUUAAAAAUUUUAAAGAACGGAUGGCAGUUGUCACCUCUUAUAAAGUUUGGCAGACUCUAUAGCGUGGUAAUCGUAAUGCAUCUGAUGCUCUACAGACGCUUGUCUUAGGAUUGUUAUCAAAG